GUUAUUGUGAGUUGUGGUUGUUAUGCAAUAAUUGAUGCCAUGAUUAGUAGCUAUCAAUCCGUUUUGGACGGAUUAAACAAAACUCAAAUUAUGAGAAAUCGGUUGCAAUCGUGGAGAACAUUGUCUAUAGGCUUAUCAUUCUUAGCACUAAUACUCUUAACCGGAAAACUAUAUGAAGUCGACAGAGAAGUUAGUUUUUUAAAGUUUGUUUCCAACGAAUGGAUUGACAACAGUCUGCCUCCAGAACCGCACAAUAAUAGUGCGGUUCGUAUGCCGUCUAAUCUGAAGACAACGCAACAAAUGGCUAUCUUUCACAUCGAGAACUUCAAACAAGACAUCGAAAUACUAAUCGUGGAGUUAUGGUCGGCCAGGACUACACUCAUCCUUAGCCUUGUAUUCGUGUUGGUCUACAUUAUAAGCUGGGCCUGGAUGGCAUACGCUGUCAGCGAAACACACAGCUCUAGAGAGGUCUCAUUGAAAACAGUAUUAUUAUUAGCGGUUUUCGCGGCCGUGGAUAUCGCCGCCAGUGCUGGCUUUGUAAUGGUUCGGGUGAUUAUGUAUGCUAUGAGAGAUCAUUAUUUUCCUAAAGACAUGCGGAUCCCAUCGCCCGGUGCCGAACACGACCAGAUGGUCGCCUUCACGGCACUCCGAUUGGCAACACUUAAGUCCAGUUCCGGUGCGACCGACGUGUUUGUCUCAGUGAUCGUUGGCUUUCUGACCGGUUUGAGAGUGUAUUCAGUGAUUUGUGCCGUUUCUUACUAUAGGAAAGUGCGCAGAGACUCCAUCGGAAGCAGUGAUUAUUCGAGUGAUAAAACUCAAGUCAAAGAUAUCGACGACUUUCUUAAACAAUCGCCGACUUAUACACCGAAAGUUCGUGCGCUGAACGCCCACAAGGAAAGGGAGCGGCGCUUCUCCAUCAGUGGCGUAGAGGACACUAUCCUGGAAGAGGAGCGGACGGCCGAACUGCGGAUACAGGCGGCAGACAUGCCCGGCCACAUGCAGAAGGCGGCCGUCCAGAGCACCCAACACGCCAUCAAAGUGUACACAACGGAGAAGCACAUCGCCGAGAGUGUCAAACAGGACUUCGACCAGUUGUAUCAGCCCACCUGGCACUGCAUCGUCGGUCGCAAUUGGGGCUCAUGUGUCACCCACUCCAAGGUAGACACACGUAUUACCCCCUCCCUCUUACCCCCCCUUUCGCAAACUCGACCCUCUUAUAGAUAA